UGCCGACGUUCCAACAAGUCGCUUUGCAUUGCAAACGAGGGCAUUUUACUUAAGCCCGCGAAGUGGCCAAUUUGGGAUUUGGGACCUUAAAAAUCUCCAAACCUUUCCCCUCUCUCUUCGUCGCACAGAUCCACUCGACAGCCCACCCCAUCGAUCGAAUUCGAAGCCACGCCAAGCCAAACACAGCUACGCGAAUCCCGCCGCCCGAUCCAGCGCCACCGCCGCAGCCUAGGGUUUGCCUGCCAUGCCCUCCUCCACCGCCUCCUGGUCGCGGUACGGCGCUGUCCCCACCUCUACCCCGCCGGCGCCUCUCAAGCAGGAGGAUGUGGCUGGGGCGGUGGCGGUGAGGAACGGGGUGGGCGAGGAGGCGGCGGCGUCGUCUUCGUCGGCGACGACGGCGGCGGAGGCCGGGGUCGCCUUCUUCUCCCGCGCGCGGGCGUUCGCGGGGGCCGCGGCGGGGCGGCCGCGGGCUUGGCUGGAGGUGCUCGAUCCCACAGCGUUCUCGCGCCCGGACAGCUGCGGCGAGGCCCGCGCGCGGGCGCGGCGGAACCUGGCAUACUUCCGCGCCAACUACGCGCUGACCGCACUCGUGCUCGUCUUCGUCGGCCUCGUCUACCGCCCGGUCUCCAUGCUCGCCUUCCUGGCGCUCUUCGUGGCCUGGCUGGGGCUCUACUUCGGGCGCGGAGAGGGGGAGCCGCUCUUGUGCCUCGGCCGCGAGGUCGACGACCGCGUCGUGCUGGCCGUGCUCUCGGCGGCCACGGUCCUCGCCGUUGCGCUCACUCACGCGGGGCUCAACCUCCUCGUCUCGCUCGUCGUCGCUGCAGCCGUCAUCGGCGUGCACGCUGCGCUCAGGGUGAACUACUACCUCGACGAGAGGGACGCUUUCGAUGGCGCCGGCUCCUCCUUCACGGAUAGCGGAUUCGGCUACACGCUCCCAAGAUGAGGGAGCAUUCAGCUGAUGCUGAUGACAUUGUUGGUUGGUGUUCUUGAGGGGAUUCUUGGUGGCUCUGAUCCAUCUGUCGGAUUUUGUAAGGCGUUCUUGGAAGCUGUAAUGUUCUAAAUAUUUCUUUGGUAAGGUGUCUUUAACCUUUUUGUAGUUUGCAUGUUGUGUGUAGCCUCUUGCAUCGAUUUUUGGGAGAUUUUUUAUUUGUUUGUAGUAUUGUGUUUGUUUGAGCGAAAAUUUUGAGGUGAUUGCUAUGAUUUAAAUCUGUUUUCAAGAAAGAAAAAAAAUUGCAAUGCUUUCCUGGA